AUGGCGUUCAGAUUAAAUGCAACUAGAUCAGAGGGCCACGAUGGGGGCCACGAUGGGGGCCACGAUGGGGGCCACGAUGGGGGCCACGAUGGGGGCCACGAUGGGGGCCACGAUGGGGGCCACGAUGGGGGCCACGAUGGGGGCCACGAUGGGGGCCACGAUGGGGGCCACGAUGGGGGCCACGAUGGGGGCCACGAUGGGGGCCACGAUGGGGGCCACGAUGGGGGCAACGAUGGGGGCCACGAUGGGGGCCACGAUGGGGGCCACGAUGGGGGCCACGAUGGGGGCCACGAUGGGGGCCACAGGGGCCACGAUGGGGGCCACGAUGGGGGCCACGAUGGGGGCCACGAUGGGGGCCACGAUGGGGGCCACGAUGGGGGCCACGGGGCACCAGGGAUGGGAGCUUGA